AUGUUUGGUCAAAGAAACAGCCACUUCACAGAGAGUGGACUGCACUCCGACCUCGAAGAAGAACCUCGUGGGCGGCUUUCGAGACCAGUGUCCGCAGAAGCUUUCCCACAUUUCAUCUCGCGAGAGCGACAAGGGUCACCUGAGUUUGACCAAGCGCAUGGUAGGAGCUCAACGAAGAUUGAUCAAACUGAAUCACUGCUCACGAGAUACCAGAAACACCUGUCUCGUGCGAGAGCUUUGGCAGCGCUAAAGCCAGUAUCCACAUCCACGUUCGAUACCCUGGAUAGUCGGGGGUAUCAAAGUCUAAAACGAGGCUAUUCGAGCGACGAGAAUGUCAACAAGUUAGAAUGUGCACCUUUUGCGAUUAAGCCGCUAUGGCGUAUUUGGACCUGGGAGUUGUUCUAUAUCUUUCUCAGCGUAUCCUCAUUCUUUUUGAUCGUUGCGGUCCUCUGCAGCUAUGACCAACAACCUUUACCAGACUGGCCGCUGAAUAUCACUCUCAAUACCUUCCUGGCCUUUUUCACAACACUAGCAAAAGCGGCCUUCAUGUUCCCCGUAUCAGUCGCAAUAAGUCAGACGCAAUGGUCAUGGUUCCUUAAAGACAGACCUCUUCACGACCUGCAUCUGUUUGACCAAGCGAGUAGAGGGCCUUGGGGUCGCGCCCUCACUUCGCCUAUUACGCAACUUGCCAUCAAGUAUCCCGUCAAAGACUCUGUGGCCCCACGAGAGGAAGCCAAGGCCCCAGCCCUACGUAAUAUGACAUCCGAGGACGAUCGCAUGAACAUAGGGUCACGACAUGCUUUAAUAUUGGCCACUUUGUCAGACACCACCAAUUUCCGGGAGCCUAUUGCACCCACAGGAGCGUUCUGCUCCACGGGCAACUGCACCUUCGAACGGUACCAAUCUCUGGGUGUUUGCGUGAAGACGGCAAACAUCACCGAACACUUGCGGGUCGAGGAAUUUGAUUCUCCUGACAUGAUCGACACUCUUGUACUUGGUUAUCCGAACCCUAAUGUAAAGGUAUGGCGAGCGUCUCUCCCUAGCGGCUUGGAAAUGGCUCAUCAGACACCAAUGUCGGCCAUGGUCGAUAUGCUCAACGGGAGCGAGACCUUUGCUUUUCAAGACGACGAAGAUCUUCAGAAAACUAGGAUAUCGUCUUUUACCGUCAUCUACACCAACCCGACUGAGCUCAACGAUACGUGGUGGAAAGAGAUCUCUGAAGCCAUAGGAAUGCCAUUUGCGUCGGACGCCAUCGGCGCAAUCUACGAUUUUCGUCACGAGGCAAUGGAGGUCAUGUAUCAUCUAUGCGUCCAGACGUACGAGACAAACAUUUCCAUGGGCAUUGAAACAACCACUCUCGUCGAGACAUCUGCUGUACCCGUUGAACAAGAAGAUCCCUUCUUUCUUGACAUGCGGUGCAAGGCACUUCUUGCGCAAGCUUCGCAUACGUGUAACCAAAGCGUCGACCGUUGGCACGAAACACUACAACUCAAAGAUCCGAGAUUUUUGACAAGGCUGAACGUCAACUCGACACUUGAGGAAGAACAGUUCAGCGCAAGCUACUAUUCACUAGAAAUGAUAUCCUCCAUGUUAAAGACCGAUGCCGUGGGCUAUGCUAGUGCUAGCUACGUCACCAAAGAGUAUCGGGAUACAGCUGUUUUCUUCCGUGGACAAGAGUUCAUCAAGACUCUCUUCGAAACUGUCAUAUUUGGGAUCAACAACAUCAUCAACUCCACUCUGCGCCAAACUUGCCUGGAGAAUAUUCACACCAACAUUGCAACCAGCUUGUCAUCACGUAUGCGAGUCAAUCGGCCACUGAGGUACACCGCGAACUCUUUCAACAUCUCUGGCGAAGCAUUGACGCAGGUCUCAUACGUUCACAUCACCUGGGGAUGGAUAACCGUGCUUGCCGUUGAAAUCGGAGUUGCUUUACUCUUCUUGGCACUCACAAUCAUCAGCCAAAGCAACUUGAACAGCGGCCAAGCAUCAAGCAGGGAGGAGCGUUACGCGUUCCGGGAAGCCAAAAAUUCGUCUUUGGUAACGCUUGUCGCCCUUGACGAAGUUUCUCGUGCCAGAGCAGGCGGUGGGCUUCGGCCAUUGGAUGAACUCAAAGGUGCUUCCAAGUCUCUGAGGGUUCGUUUUGAGGGUCGCCAGAUGGUCACGUCUGAUGAGACCGUUGUCGAAACCUCACAAGUGGGCGGUCGUAGCAUCUAA